AUGAAAGGAAUUCAGGCCCUGGCAUUUGUCCGUUGGAAGCAGUCAAGGUUUCGAGAGGCUUUGCCUUUGUUCCACGAAAUGGAGCAGCAUCUGGGAAAGAGUGCUGCCCUUUGCGAGAACAUCGCGCACACCUACAACUCUCUUGGUGACUUUGAAAAGGCUGAAGACUACUUGCGACAGGCUCUCAAGUUCAUUGAGCAGGAGGCCGGCAUGAACAAGGGCAAUCGCGGUGGGGUGCUGCUUGGCCUUGGCAUUGUGCGGGACCGCCUGGGGAAGCAAAAAGAGGCCCUUCCUGUCUGCCUUAAGGCCUACGAGUUCUACAAGGAGCGGGCCAACGGUGCCCCUGCAUCCCUGCAAGCCAAGGCAGGCAUAUCCUGUGCCAAGAUCUAUGCCAAACUGGGUGAUCAAAAGAAGGCGGAGUCGUACAUUCGCGAGGCGGUAGAAAUGUAUGAGAUCACUUGUGGAGAGACGUCGCCACUCACAGCCAGCGCCUACCAUGAGCUUGGGAAGGUUCUUUGGGCCCAGCGAAGACGGGAAGAUGCGCAGAAGUGGGAGUACGUCAACGAGGGCGGGGCCAACAUGGUGCUGCGCUACGUGGGGAGCGAGCCUUGCUUCCGAGGACAUGUCCUGCGCCUCCGAAAAGGGGAGAGCACCAACAAUCAGGAUGGUUACAUGGCUUGCGGAUCUGUGGUGGAGAUUUCCGCCGACAUGGCGGCCCGGAUCCAGGUGGAUGAGACCCUUCGCAGCGCCCGGCCUGACGACCGCUUGGGCUCCAGGGGCUUGGAUGCCGGAGGCGCAGUGCUGGCGGCGCUUUGUCCGGACUUGACCUUCUGUCCGAGUGGUGGCACUUUUGAGAUCAAGCCGAAGCUUGGCGUCGCAGACUGCGGGGUGAGGGAAUGCGGAGUGGAGGCCGUACCCCGCUUUACCUUGCUGCAGUGCAUCGACUUUCCAAAGAAGAAGUCGUCCCUCUCAAAGUACAAUCCAAUUGAAUUCUUCAGCGCGAUACUCUGCAACGACAAGAAGAGACUGCAGAGAGAAAUUGUACAUUUGACGCAGGCCAGCGCUGAUCCUCGCCAGAACAACUUUCGAUGUCUGUCUGGGGACAUGACUGCCGUGACUGAUGCUGCCUUGGACGAUUUGUGUGAGGUGCUCCUGCGAGCUCGGCCGCUUCUGUCGAAACUGCGAGCUCUGGACCUCCUGGCGGCCGGCCUGGAGGUCGAGGACUUGGUGGCCGAAGUCUACGAAGCCGCCGGCGCGCCGGCGCACCUCGCGGCAGCGGAUUUUCAGGAGGCGCUGACCGAGGUGGGCGGCUUGCUGACCCGGCUGGAGGGAACCAAGGCUGAUAGUGAGGGGAUGCGCCUUGUCCAUGAAGCAUACAAGGACCUUCGCCCAGAGCUGAUCUUGGCUUUGUUCCUUCUUGGGAGGACCUUCCACGAUGCUUCAAUCAUUGUGAACGUGCGGCGAUGUCAGACAGAAGAGUCCCAUGUCGGCUUGGGGUACUUCCAGGCUGACGAAGCAGAGGAGUUGUGGGGGCGAGUGUCGGUGAUUGACACUGACAUCAAACCAGCUCAUCGAAUCCCGGACUACGCCAGAACUUUGCGGAAGUAUUGCCAGCACGAGCGCGUGCAGCCCUUCUUGUCAUGUCUGAGGGCAGGUGGAACGCUGCAGGAGGGCCUAGAUUCUGUGCGGACCUUCGGCGAAAGAGUGUGCCCGGACGGCGGGACGCCAAAAGUCUGA